UCGAAGAGCACUGCGAAAAAAUGGGCAAUUCGAGCAAAUGAUAGCGUCUAGACUCCGUUCAUUCCCGGUGUUGAGACAAGAUUAAUCAAACUAAAUUGGAUGCUUCGAUUCGGCUAACUACACAAACAAAUACCAAUGGCGGAAGUGACUGGCUCUGUGGUCAAAGAGUUUGCCACAUCUGACGAUGAGGUCUACUUAAAAAAACUUGGGUACAGUAUAGGGACCACCAUUGGCGAAGGGUCUUAUGCGAAAGUGAAGAGUGCUUACAGUGAGAAACUGCAGAAGCGCGUAGCGAUGAAAAUUAUUAAUAGACGCAGUGCUCCGAAAGACUUUAAAGAAAAAUUCCUUCCCCGAGAAUUAAAAUGCAUGAAAGCUGUUAAUCACCAGAACGUUAUCAAGUUGUAUGAAAUUAUUGAGUUUGAGCAAAAGGUGUAUAUAGUCAUGGAACACGCGGGUCACGGUGAUCUCCUGGAGUACAUCAAACUCCGCGGUGCUAUCCCUGAGGACAGGUGUCGUGUGAUGUUCAGACAACUCGUGGAUGCAGUCUCCUACUUGCAUGGUAUACAGAUUGCUCACAGAGAUUUGAAGUGUGAAAACUUGCUACUGGAUUAUCAAAAUAAUAUAAAAGUCUCAGAUUUUGGGUUUUCCCGAUAUUUUGAAGAACCUGCCAUUAGCAAGACCUUUUGCGGAAGUGCGGCGUACGCUGCCCCGGAAAUACUUCAAGGAAUCCCAUACUACAUUCCACUGCACGACAUCUGGGCCAUGGGAGUCAUUCUUUAUAUUAUGGUUUGUGCCUCUAUGCCUUAUGACGACUCGAAUGUGAAAAAAAUGAUCCGAGAUCAAUUAGAGAAGAAAGUCACUUUCUCAAAGUCCAAACCUGUUUCAAGAGAAGCCAAGGAUUUAAUUAGUCAUAUUUUAGAGGUGAAUGUCAAAAGACGUUACACAUUGGCGAACAUUUUAGCUCACCCAUGGAUGAACCCUGAUGCCCCGCCCCUUCCUGUAGAGGAGAACUCCACACAGUGACAUUUCAAUAGGACGGUUGUUAAAAUUGUCCUACCUUGGUCACGUGACGAGAUCCCAGACGCCAUCAAGAGUUUUGUACAAUGUGAUAAACAUGUCUUUGAUUUCCUUGUAUACAAAUUCUGGUAGCCAACAGUUUCUCUUGGGAUUGUUACCAUGGGAAGAACUGGACACGUUGACCAGGACAAAGACCACACAUCCAACUGGACAUAGGACUGUCAACAAGUAGCUUCUUCUUUAUAACUACGAAGUAUUCAUAGAAAGAUUUCUUUGCUAAAUAUAAAAUUUUUAUAAACAAAAAUCA